UCCAUUUUGCUGAAGAAAGGCAAGGAGGAACCCCGUCACGAAAACAGAUCCUGGCUCUCACAACCACAUCAAAAUUACAACUAAACUACAGAACAACCAUCAUCCAGAACUGCCUGAGAGAAAUCUAGCUGAAGAGAAGCCCUACAACUAGAGAUUUAAAGAAGCCACACUGAGCCUGCCUAGAAUCAAUAAAAAAUAUAUCCUCUGGUGAGGAUUAAAAAAAGAUAUGGAAACCAUAAUAAAGUACUUGGAAACCAUAAAAGGGGACAUGGAAACCAUAAAAGAAGACAUGGAAACCAUAAAAGGGGACAUGGAAACCAUAAAAGAAGACAUAGAAAUCAUAAAAGAAGACAUGGAAACCGUAAAACGGGACAUGGAAACCGUAAAAGAAGACAUGGGAACCGUAAAAGGGAACACGGGAACCAUAAAAGAAGACGUAGAAAUCAUGAAAGGAGACAUGGAAACCGUAAAACGGGACAUGAAAACCGUAAAAGAAGACAUGGAAACCGUAAAAGGGGACACGGGAACCAUAGAAGAAGACGUAGAAAUCAUGAAAGGAGACAUGGAAACCGUAAAACGGGACAUGAAAACCGUAAAAGAAGACAUGGAAACCGUAAAAGGAGACAUGGAAACCGUAAAACGGGACAUGAAAACCAUAAAAGAGAACCAGUCCUCAGUGGCCCCUGGUCAGGGCCUGCCCCCAUUGCACAGCCUGGGUCACCGUCCCUAGUGAGCACGGUAUCUCACGGCGAGGAGAGUGGCCCUUCACCAGCCCAGCGAGGGGUCUCGGCCCUCAGUGAGCAGCAGCCAAUCUCCAAAACACUCCUGGCCUGGAGCGGUGUCCUCGGGUGGAAGGAGAAGCCCAAACCAGGCACCAACACCCUGCUGAUGCGGUCACUGCCUUGCCAGGUCUACGUGGACCAAGGUGAGAACCUGAAAACAGACCUUUGGCCUCAGAAGCUGAUCAUGGAGUUAUUCCCCUCGCGGCUGCUGAUCAAAAUGGGCCAUUUUAUCAAAAAAUCAAGCAUAGUUCAAUUCUCCUUCAUCAAUCUGGACCUGGAAACCCACAAAAGCCUCUACAGUAUGAUAGGCAACGACUCUGGUUUGAUUCCUGUCAAGGGCACAUGCCAGGUUGCAACUUGAUCCCCAGUUGGGGUGGGGGGUGCAGGAAGCAGCCGAUCAAUGGUUCUCUCUCAUCAUUGAUGUUUCUAUCUCUCACUCUCCCUUCCUCUCUGAAAUCAAUAAAAAUAUAUAAAAGUAAAUAAAUACAUUUAAAGGUGUACUAUAAAAUUUAACUAUAGUAACAAAUGGUAAUAAUAAAGCUUAGAUCCAAUUUC